AUGUGGCCAUCUGUCGGGUUUCGUGUCGCCCAGGCCAUUGGCUUCAUUGGUGCAGCCUGGCUUUCUGGUAACAUCGCCGCCCUGAGCAUGAACGCGGUCCCGUCACUUCUCCGAUCCCAGAAAGAAACCAACCUGCCUCUCACAGCAACCGCAAAGCAGUGGCGAGAAAUGUACGAGGCCGGCAAGGCCCAAAACCGCCCCCCAUCGCUGCCUUGA